AUGACCGCCGCCGAGCUGCAGGCGGAGCUGCUCCGCGCCCAGCUCGAGGACCACGACAUCGAGGGAGAUGAGCCUAUCGUUGAGGAUGAUGAUGACGACGAUGAAGACGAUGAUGAGGAUGAGGAUGAAAAAGAUGACGAUGACGUUGCGGGAGGUGAUGCUAGUGGAAGAUCUAGGCAGAGUAGGAGUGAGAAGAAGAGCAGGAAAGCCAUGGAGAAGCUUGGCAUGAAGGUCAUUACUGGUGUGAGCCGUGUAACUAUCAAGAAGAACAAGAGCGUUAUGUUUGUCCUCUCCAAGCCAGAUGUCUUCAAGAGCUCAAACUCAGAUACCUACGUCAUGUUCGGGGAGGCCAAGAUUGAGGACCUGAGCACUCAGCUGCAUUCACAAGCGGCGGAGCAGUUCAAGGCGCCGAGCCCAAGCAGCGUCAUCUUGAAGGGCGAGCCGUCCAUGGCAGCAGCCCAUGACGACGAGGAGGUUGAUGAGACUGGUGUUGACAAGAAGGACGUUGAGCUCGUGAUGAUGCAGGCCUCCGUGCCGAGAUCCAGGGCCGUGAAGGCGCUCAAGGCUGCGGGCGGUGACAUCGUCAGCGCCAUCAUGGAGUUGACUAACUAG